AUGCUAAUGAAAUUUCACAGGUGCGGAGUGAAUCAUUCAAUCAAAAACUCUUCAUGGCGUAGUUGUGGUACCAGUAUCAUCAUGCACUUUUCCCCACAAAGUCAUUUUAUGGCUCGGAAGACAUUCAACAACAAUACUUCCAUUCUGAAUAAUCACAAGUACCACUCAAAAUCAUAUCACACACAACCACAUGUCAAAUUCAUCUUGUCGGAAAAGGAUUAUGAACGAUUAAAACAACAACAAGAUGCUACUCCACAGACAUCUCCACAUACAACUUCAAAAUCUACAGAACAAACUCAACAAUCUGAAUCUAUGGUUGAACAAAAAGAGGCAAAUCCUUCAAGCAGCACCGAGCAAAACCAAGAAGAAAAUACCACACAGAAUGUCAUGAAUAAUGGAUCCAUACCACAACCUCUUGAAAACACAAAAAUUACACGUGACGAACUUGCCUUCGCCAAUCCAUUCUAUAGAGAUGUGGACGAAAAAACAGCUAUUGAAUAUGAGGAUGCUUUGAACGACAAAGAGAGAACUCCAUUUCCAAUGUGGUUGAUGCGUGUGUAUAGAUAUGCUGCCAUUGGUGUUGCUCUAUUUAUUUUCUUUGGAGUUUUGAACAAUUACAGAGAAGAACCAGCAGUGCAGGAAAGAUACAAAAUUUUGGAAGAGAAACGAAAAAAGAGAUUGGAACAAAUGAACCUAUUAGAACAAGAGAUGGAUUUCCAUAAUAUGGCAAAAGAAAAGAGUACGAUAAAAGCUAUUAAAUCAGCUUUGACCAUGCAAGACCAAGAGAGUAAAUAA